AUGCGAAUGCUAGUUCAUCAUCAUAUAUUGGUAUUCACUUUGGUGUUGUCCUUUACAGCAGAAGCAUCAGAUGAUCAGUUGGCACCCUUGCCGAUAGGAAAACCUGGGUGCAGAACAAAUUGCAGCGGUGUUUCGAUUCAAUACCCUUUCGGAAUUGGCCAAUCCGGCGGUGAAGAUUGCUUUUACGACGUGUGGUUCCAAAUCGACUGCAACCAGUCCACCAGGUGGAAGCCCGUCCUGAGGCACACCCAAAUGGAGAUAGGGAACAUUACCAUUGCUGAAAAUGCAGACAGGGUUCAGGUGUACAGCCCCGUUACUUCCUUGUGCCCCAAUACUGAAGCAAAGCAACCAAGAGAUUUCACGGGCAGCCCUUUCGUCUACUCUCAGAAAUUCAAUAGAUUUACUGCAGUGAGUUGCGGCUUCCUUGCCGUCAUUAGCUCCGAUGAGUUAAUCGUCGGUGGGUGCAGGUCAAGAUGUCAAGAGAACGGCUACAGCGUUGACACGCCCUGUGACACUGGUAAUAACUGCUGCCAAACUACUAUUCCUUCAUCUCUCACAGUUAUCAAUGCUAGUAUACAGAGGGAUCCAAAUGGAAGCGCACCUGGUGAUGCUGGUUGCAAAGACCGGGCGUUUCUGGUUGACCAAGAUUGGUUUACUGCUACAAGUUACUAUGCCAUUGAGAACAUGAGCAGCGUUCCUGUGGUGCUGGAAUGGACUUUAAACAACGAUCAAGCUACUUCUUCAUUUCAACCAUUUCAAUCUUUCCUAGAAGAUACCGAGUGGUAUUUCACGGAUCCAACACCCUUUUGCUCGAUUGACCAAUCCAUAAGCAAUCGAACAAGAACAACAUUCAGUUGUUACUGCAGUUCUGGCUUCGAAGGAAAUCCGUACCUUCUCGCGCCUUGUCGUGGUUUUAGGUCACUUGAUACGAUAGAUGUGGGCAGAGAAUGUUGGCUCUUUGGAUCUGCGAUCAUAGAAACACUUUGCUCCAGUACCUCUCUUGGCCACACCAGUGACUAG